AUGCAGUCAACUGUGGCCGUGAUCAAUGUUCUCCGCGAUCAACGAUCUCAAAGCUCCGACACAUCUGGUCUCGACGCCUUGCGCAGUGGCCCACUCAGCCUGGGAAUAGUCCAGACAGAAUCUGAUCUGCAGUCUCACAUCGGAAAUACAACAUCUACUUUUAGGAGUCUUGGCGGCUCGGUUGUUACAAUAAGCACCAUGUGUCAUACCUAUUUGGGUGACGUCUUGGAUCAUUGUAUUACUAUUGUGGAAGAGUAUGAUCAAAUGCGACUGUCUGCAGACAACAUGAUUGAUCUCAUCUUCAACACCAUUGGUGCAAAUCAAAACCAGACUAUGAAGCAACUGACCCUUGUCACUUGUCUAUAUCUCCCACUGGGAUUUCUAACAGGUUACUUUGGUAUGAACUUCAACAAGAAAGACUUUGCUGGUAUCAGACACAGUGACUUGUAUUUCUGGAAAAUUGCGGUGCCAUUCGUGGUUGUGACGACUCUUCUGUUGAUGCGUGACAAAAUUCAGCGCUAUGCUGUUGUUCUUGCCCAGCGACGUCUAAUGAUAAGCUCGAGAAAGCAACGGCGCCAGAGGAAGCGAAGGUAG